UUGAAUUAUUUAACAGAGAGGCAGCUGAAGCAGAAGCAGAUGGCCAUGGAUGGAAGCGCCAACCCUGAGGACUUCGUGGUGGGCUGCCUGCUCUCCAUCAAGACCACCUUAGGCGACGAGUUCGAAGGCCAGGUCAUCACCUUCGACCGCUUCUCCAACAUCCUCGUCCUUCAAGAGGGUUCGAAGCAGGGAACUCGCAGGAAUAUAAGGCUGUUGAAGGCCAACUAUAUAAAAGAGUGGUCUUUAUUGGGCCAAGCAGAAGACCCACUUGAUAUCAAAAAGUGUUAUCUUGAUCUUAAUAGUCUGCAAGCUCGAGAAGAUUCGGCCAUUCGACAGGCAGAGGCAGAUGCUGAGAGGAUAGGCGUGGGUGUCACCAGCGAGGCCCAGAACAUUUUCGACGCCUUGUCCAAAACGCUUCCAGUGCGCUGGGAUACGACUGCCAUAGUGGUCAUGAAUGAGGUGCGUGUUAGCAGUCCAUAUCUCCCUGAAUCUGUUAGUGGAGGAACUCCUGCUGCCAACGACAGGGUGAAGAAAGUGCUUGAGUUAGAGAGGAAGAGGCUGCAAUCUCGCGGACCAGGUCAGUGAUAAUUACGCAUUUGACUCUACGAGAGCUUGAAAAAGUGGGUUUGUGGGAUGAAGCUUGAUGGGUAGGUUACUUGUACCCAGCCUUGUGAGAGAAACCUGUAAUCUAUUUUCCCUGACACUUUGAUGCUGAUUCCAUCAAGGACUUUCAUAUUUCUAUAUUUCUCAUCUGUACUUAUUCUUUCAUUUUGCCAUCUCUGGCUCUUCAGUUUCGUGAUGCAGUUUGUCUGACAGUUCGAGAUUUAUUUCUAAUAUUAGAGCAUUCAUAUCGAGCUCUC